UAUGUCAUCAUUUUUUGUCUAGGUAUAAUCAAUGUGAGAAAUAUUUUUUAUUUAUUCCAAAAUGACUGAUAAUAAAAAAGUAUCGUCUACGAAGCUGCGCUCAAAAUCUAAUUUCAAAGAAGAUAAACAAGCUGAGUUAGCGGGAAAAAUAGAUGAGACUGAUGAAAUGAAACUCAAAAUGUUAGCAGCGCUUGACAAGCCUGAACCCGACGAUGUUUUGUACCCACCAGAGUUGAAUGCACAUCUCAUAGAACAGCUAAAGAUAAUGACAUCAGAGAACAACGAGCUACGUAAAUGUGUCUUCACAAGAGAACAGGAAAUCAAAGAGCUAAGUAAAACUGUUGGUGACCUCAACCAGCGUAUACGUGAUAUAAUAUCAGGCUCAGGUCCUGCUAUCUCUUCUAAAUCAGCCGGCGUGAUCAGCGCAAAAAUAACUGACCUUUGUAAACAGAAUCGACAUCUAGUAGCGGAACUGGAAGGCUUUAAAACUAGAAACGCUAAUCUAGAAAGAAAAAUCAUGCAACUAGAAAUCUCUAAAGAACAAGAGAAACUAGAUAUUUGCAUGUGCAAAGAUGCACAAGACGCCAGUCCAGAUGAGCUGAAAGAACUUAAUAACAAACUUAUUGUUGUCAAUAAAAAACUGUACGAUAGUAAAAAUAGAAAUUUGGAACUAAAAAACGAUAUAUUGAUCGCUACUAAGAUUCUUCAGCAGGAAUUAGGCGAUAAAUUCACAAGUAUCAAGGAGCUACAGAAUGAUUUGGCAGGCUGGAAGGGUAGAGCGCAGCAGAUUGUGUUACUUCAAUCGAGAGUUUCUGAGUUGGAGGAGAAGCUUAACUUAAAGCAGAAAGACCUGAUCGAAGCCUCGAAGAGAAAGGACCAAGCUCAGGUUAUAAGAGAAAUAGAAGCAAAACGUAAAAAAGAUAUUGAUGCAGCGAUGAAAGAUUAUGAAGUCUUGAAAGAAGAAAAUCAAGAACUGAAGAAAAAAUUUGAUGGAGGUCGUUGCAGGAUCAGGAAUCUGGAAUGUGACGUCACUACGAUGAGACAGAAGAUGCAGACGUUUGUUGAGAAGAGCAACCAUGACGACAUGCUGGUUAACGAGCAAAGGAAUCAAAUCAAGAGUUUGGAGUUAUACUACCAAGAAAUCCUUAAAGAAAACACAUCGAAAAUGAAUAAAAUGCAAAGCGAAUUGGCCGAAUAUCAAAAACUUUUGAAAAAUACAGACGCAAAAAUAGAUGCUUUGCGAAAACAAGCUUCAGAAAAAACAACUAAAAUAGAAGAAUUGAGAGCGCAGCUGUUGCGGUAUGAAGAGUGUUCAUUACAAAGCGUUUUCUUCACUCCAAUGAAAACUGCAACAGAUAAUGAAAUAAAGAAACUCUCUGAGUUAGUAGUGAUAUUGAAUGACAGACUAGAUGCUGAAAGACACAAAUGGGAAGAACUCGAAAUGACACAUCGGAAACUAAAAGAGAAAAAGAAAAAACUUGAAAGAAAAGUGGCUAGCCUGGAGGAAGAAGUAAAGAGUUUAAAAGAAUCUAGAAGAGGAUCGAAGAUUUCUAAAUCAUCGCUUUUAAAAGAGCAACCCCACGAGUUCUCCAUGGGUUCAUCUAUAACUAAAAAACAUUCUUCCAUCUCAGCAGUUGUUGCUGAAAGACCAAGUGAGAGUUCCUCAGAGUCCCAACCACCAGAAGGAUAUGACAUGCUAGAUAAAGAAGAUUUAAAAUACAAGUUGGAACUUAGCGAAGAGAAAUUGAAAAUCAUGGAAGACAGAUUAAAAAUGAUUGAAGAAGAAAAGAAAGACGAUUAUAAUCAUUUGACUGAAAUGAUCCAGUCAUCGAAACAACUAUUUAACGAAGCACUUGCCGUUCUUCAGAGAGAGAAAUGCCUGUGUUCUUAGUGUAUUCAUUUGUUUAUUAUUUAAUAUAAUGUAUUUUAUGUUUUAAA